AUGGCUCGAGACCCAUUGGAGUUUAGUGGCUGGGAUUGCCGAAUAAAGAUCAGCCCCGAAUAUCUCAUAUUUGAAUUCCUUCGUCCCGACUCGAAGCUAGUGAACAAAUGCUCAUUCGAUGCGCCAAUGGCUUGUACAGUGGAGCUUGAUUUAGUAACAUUUUCCCAAUUCAAAGUCUCCUUAACAAAACCCUUGUCCAGAUCAAGAAUCUGCAGGCCUGAGAAAUCGGUGGCUCCGGCUGCCGCCAGCUCAGGGGAUAAGGCCAGAAGUGAGUCAACGGCUGUGAAUUGGGUCAAGACCGUCGAUUUUCGCCUCAAGGACCAGUCGAAAGAUGUGAUUUUGCUGCCGUGGGCCACGUGCAGGGAGCCGUGA